CAUCUCAUAUCGUCUUCAUUUAUCUCAGCAAUACUUUUCAGUCCAAGUUCAACAUCUCGCUUUAUUAUUAAGCUACGUUUUUUAAGCUCCAACCUCUGUGUUGAUUGUCUAUACACAUGACUGCCCACAGCAUGAGGCUGCAGUAAUAGCACUAGCUGAACUGCUUCGUGACACUUUCAAGAUGGAUGUGCAUCUCGAUGUGUGGGACGAAAAUGAGAUCGAGAAAAACCUCUACGAGUACAUCAACUCAAGUAUAGUGAAGGCGGAUAAGGUAAGUAUACAGAACAGCAAUAUGUUAUCUAGUAAGUAGAA